AUGCACUCUCCCAAGAAAAAGAAAAAAACCUCUCUAGCAAUACACACCAAACUGAGCAUGUGCAGAGUGUCUCCACGUGAUACAUCUUAUCAGGAGAUAAGAGGGAGACACUGGAAGAAGGGAAGGAUCAGAGGAGUCAGGAUCAAACAGUCUUUUUACACAAUGCAGAGGAUUAACCCCUUAGGUUCCACAGUGAGUAUAACAAGCAUGCUUUACUGCCAGGGGCGGACUGACCAUUCGGGUAUUUGGGCACUGCCCGAGGGCCCAGGAUCAGCAGGGGGCCCC